UUUCUAAUCUCAAACUCUGGAAAACAAACUUGCUGGGAUUGACGAAUCUCGGCAAACCUGGAUACACCGGGAGCUCUUACAGACACUAUUAAUACAGUGCAGUCUGGCAUUUGGGGAGUAGGCGGCCCCCGACUCCCUCUGGACCAACCAGUAGCAGGCAAAGUGAGAGUGACAGACGCCUUGGCCAAUAGCGUUUGAGACAGUUUACGAUGGCGUUUACAUGAUAUGUUGAAGCCGCUACAGUACAGCAUUUUCAGCAUUUAGUGAUGCAGCAGAUGUUGCCCGGUGCUUACAGAGUGGAGAGCGCUAUGCUGUUUUUUGUGCGGCUCAAAACCUUUAUUUAUCUGUAUUCGGGGGGCUUGUUGAUUUUAGCAGGUCUUCACCAGACAGAGGCGGCUAGCACAGAAAUGGCCAACCUGAACUGGAAGCCGUUCAUUUACGGAGGUCUGGCCUCGAUCGUCGCGGAGUUUGGCACCUUCCCGAUCGACCUGACGAAGACGCGGCUGCAGGUGCAGGGUCAGAGCCACUACCCCGAGGUGCGCUACAGGGGCAUGUUCCACGCCCUGCUGAGGAUCGGGCGCGAGGAGGGCGUGCGCACGCUCUACUCCGGGAUUUCUCCCGCUCUCCUGCGCCAGGCGUCGUAUGGCACCAUCAAGAUCGGCACUUACCAGACCCUGAAGAGAUUGUUCGUGACCCGUCCCGAAGAUGAGACGAUGGUGAUUAACGUGUUCUGCGGAGUGAUUGCCGGAGUUAUAUCGUCCUCUAUAGCCAACCCCACAGAUGUGCUCAAGAUCCGGAUGCAGGCCCAGGGCAGCCUGCUGCAGGGCAGCAUGAUGGCGAACUUCAUCGACAUCUACCAGCAGGAGGGCACCCGCGGGCUGUGGAGGGGGGUCAUCCCCACGGCGCAGAGGGCAGCCAUUGUGGUGGGGGUGGAGCUUCCUGUCUAUGACAUCACCAAGAAGCACCUGAUCCUGUCCGGCCUUAUGGGAGACACCAUCUACACACACUUCGUAUCCAGUUUCUCGUGCGGCCUGGCUGGAGCCCUGGCCUCCAACCCCGUGGACGUCGUCCGGACCCGAAUGAUGAACCAGCGCGUGCUGGCGGGGAACCAUCUGUACAAGGGCACGCUGGACGGGCUGCUGCAGACCUGGAGGAACGAGGGCUUCUUCGCUCUCUACAAGGGCUUCUGGCCCAACUGGCUGCGGCUGGGGCCCUGGAACAUCAUCUUCUUCAUCACCUACGAGCAGCUGAAGAAACUGCCCUUGUAGCGGCCCUGGACGAGGCCCACACGCUCCGAGGAGUGCCGGGAUGCCCUCCGGAUCCCCUCGGAGGAGCCGUAUGGCAGCGCCCGGGUUACCCACAAUGCAGCACCCUGUGCGCGGACGCUUUCACACUCCCUCCAUUCGGCAUCCAUCUUUUAUCUGUGUGCGCAUUUGUUUAACUUUUUAAAUAUUUUUUAGCAUUAUUUUAAGGCGUACUGAACCUCCUCUCUCUCCCCCCCCAUCCCUGCUUACGGCAGCUAAAAUUCUGAAAUACUGGAAGGGUCCGUAGUCGCUGGAAGUUGGGAAAACUGAUGGAGUGCUUAGCAGCCGAGAGCACUGUUCAUCAGCGACGCUGUGUUCAGGAGGGAGAGAGGCGAGCAAGGACGGAGUUUCCAACUGAGAGGCUUCUGAUCCUCUCAACUCCAGUCUAGUUUGUGUGGAAGUGGUGUGUUUUUUUUUAUCGCAAAACUUGAAUUUCUGUUUUGUGCAGCUGUAUCGCAUGAAUGUGCAGAGUCACAGGUCACAUGGCUGUUACCGGGGGAGCCAGCUUAAUCCGUGGUGUGCGCCCCUGUUGGGACGACAGCUGGAGCUGGCAGGCUGAGCACGUGUGUGUUGUCCUUGUUAUGUUACCGACGCGAUGUGUGUGUCAUCACACUGACAGCAGGAACAGGAGAAAGGUUACAGACAGGAGGGGGCCUUUAAACUCUUGGUAACGGAUCCCGGGGUAUCGGCUUCAACAGCAUGGCUGGGCAGCUUGUUCCACACCCCCACUAUUCCGCCCCCCUGUUCCCCGGUUUUAAAUGCAUUUCCCCUUCGUUUCAAUCCCUGAAGAAGUCCAGAGCCGUGUGCUUUAUCAACACCGGGAAGGACGUCUGAAGAUGGUGCUUGUCACCCAGGGGACACAGACACUUGUAAGAACUUGGGGAAAGUUUGUUGGGCCUGGGAGAAAGAGGAGAGGAUGACGGAGGGAAAGCUUAGGUUAAGAUGAUAAAGCUCUGGCAUGGGCCGUGGGAAUUUUACAGCGUGGUUGUGUUGGGGUAGUGCUUCAGCUCUCCCCAGAAAGUGUGGCACAGGGGGGGACAGUGUGGAGAUUUUGAAGGCACCCCGGGAAUUCCCUGUCAGAAUUCGUGAUGCGCACCGUGCUGUGGCGCACAAGGAAUCUGGAUCUCGUGGUUUCUAGAAGGAGUUAUAGAUCACAGAUUGAAUUGAAUGAUAUCUUGCAAACGCGAUGGACUGGGAUCCCAUCCGGGAGGAGGCCUUCCGCCCAUCGCUUGCUGGGAUAGGCUCCGGCUCCCCCCGCCACAUCCCGAAAGGAACCCAAACUUACGGGAAGUGAGCGGUUUGAACCACCGCUGAAGAGCAGCACCACCUCAGUCACGCGCAGCGGUAAUUGUGCCAGUAUGGGCAUCGCGGUGCCAGCGUGUGCCACACAAGAUCAGGUGAACAGGUGCUUAUACUGUAAAAGCCUAGAGUGGAACUCGGCCAGGACACCAACAUUGCAAACUCUGCUAGUACCAUCAGCACCAAAGGACUGUUGAUGACCAGAUAGUCAGGACCUCAGUUCAAUAUAUCAGCAGUACCUAAAGGAGGAACCUCCUAUAGCAGAGUGUCCCCACUUACCAUACUGGGGCAUCGAGGAAGAGCACCACGUACUGGUCACCAAGACCACUGACAGCAGUAAGCUGGUUUUCCCCUUUUCCCUGGAGGUCUCUCAUCCCAGCUCUGACCAGGCCCAGCCCAGCCCAGCCUGCUGAGCAGCUGUGAUCUGAUGAGAUCAGGCUACAGGGCUACAAGAUGUUUCGGCUUAUUUGCCCUUUAAAGUCUCUUAUCAUCAGAUGCAAGGGAGCUCGUUUCAGACUUUGUUCGAGUGAGGCAUAUGCAAACACGAAAGGCUGAUGGCACCGUGACUCUUUACCAAAAACUGGCGAAUACUAUUAUUUUAUUUCCAAAUCCCAAGUUUGCAUUUAUAAAGGUGCCACGUUUUGCACCCUGUGGACAGUCUGUUGUGGCACGAUGUCUUUGGUGCAGUGGAGUGACACCAGGGGAAGUCUGGGUCACAUGUCGCAUCUGUCAUCAGCCGACACCAGAGAACAGGAAGUCUGGGUCACGUGUCGCGUCUGCCAUCAGCAUCAAUCUAGCUUUAGAAUUGAACAGUUUGGCCAGGCUGAAGGCCCUGCAUCAAAGGCUGAACAAGGCCUAUAUGAAAAAGCGCACAUACACGAGAUCAUUCCUGC